CCCAUGAUGCUGAGCCGGGGCUUUCAGCAUGGCCCCCUGCCAGGGGAGGCUUUAAAAGGGAGGGGGCCCGUGGCUCCUCUCACUCUCACGGCAGGACAACCAUCAAAGCAAGACAAGAUGACUCACCAUUGCACCAAGUUCUCUGGCCACUGGAAGAUCAUUGUCUUCGACGAGGAGUGCUUCCAGGGCCGUCGCCAUGAGUUCACCUCCGAGUGCUGCAACGUGAUGGAGUUCGGCUUCGAGACCGUGCGCUCCCUGAGGGUGGAGAGUGGAGCCUGGGUGGGUUACGAGCACGCCUCCUACCAGGGGCAGCAGUUUGUCCUGGAGAGAGGAGAGUACCCCCAGUGUGAUGCCUUCGGCGGCAGCAAUGCCUACCACAUUGAGAGGAUGACCUCCUUCAGACCUAUCGCCUGUGCUAACCACAGAGAGUGUCGUAUGACCAUCUAUGAGCGUGAGAACUUCCUGGGCCGUAAGGGUGAGCUGAGCGACGAUUAUCCCUCCCUCCAGGCCAUGGGCUGGUGCAACAAUGAAGUUGGCUCUCUCAGGAUCCAGUCUGGAGCAUUCGUGUGCUACCAGUACCCUGGUUAUCGUGGAUACCAGUAUAUCAUGGAGUGUGAUCGUCACUGUGGGGAGUUCAAACACUUCAGGGAGUUUGGCUCCCACUGCCAGACCCCUCAGAUCCAGUCCAUCCGCCGUAUUCAGCAGUAACAACACACCACUCCCCAGCCCUCUCUAACCUGUGACCCUUCACCUUUGACCCCUGCCGCAUCCCAGUGCUGAAUAAAAUGUCUUUCUUAAACCUUA